GAUAUAAGGAGGGGCAUAUAUGAAAAACCGCUGUUAUUUUUCGGAAAUUUUGGAGAGAGGGAGCAUCAGUUGCUGAUUCAUGGCGGCUAGGUUGUUGCAGAGGAUAGGCCGCUCUUUCUUGGGCCCCAAGCACCCUCAAACUCCUAUCAUCAAAGAACCCUCUUGGCAAUUUCUUCCUUCUGCAAGUGCAGCCUUCACCAGGGAUCAAUUUUACAGAAGAGGACUUGGGACGCAGGUUGAACCAACCAACUAUGCUAAUGAAGAUGAGGAAAAAUGUGAAGCUGGCAGUUUGAACCUCAAUUCUGAUUCAGCUGAUGAUGUUUCUCAAGUGAAGAGCGAUGACAAUUCUGCUGUGAAGUACACUGCGAUGUCGAACUUGAAGACAUCCUCAAGGCAUGAUCUUGCCAUGAUCUUUACUUGCAAGGUCUGUGAAACAAGAUCUGUGAAAACAGCUUGUCGUGAAUCAUAUGAGAGAGGUGUGGUGGUGGUGCGAUGCGAUGGCUGUAGUAAUCUGCACCUGAUUGCAGACCGACUUGGGUGGUUCGGAGAACCUGGGAGCAUUGAGGACUUUCUGGAUGCCCGUGGGGAGGAAGUGAAAAAAGGUUCUGCAGAUACCUUGAAUCUAACUCUAGAAGAUUUAGCUGGAAUGAAACCUUGAAGUUACAGUGUAAAACUUGGAUGACAUUCUCUUUUGUUGUUGAAGUUGGAAGGAGGCUUCGAGUUUCGAGUGGUACAUAGAUAUACAAGUGAAAUUACAAAAUUUCCCAUGCAUUGUAUUUGCUAUUUGCAACCUUGUAAUGAUCCAAAAAUUUGAUGAUAUGUACUCUUGGAUUCAAAGAAGUUUAUUUGGACAGCAAGGUUGUGAUAUAGAAGCCGAUGCACUUGGAAUAA